GCGCUGACGUAAAGGAGGUUGGAGAGGUUGGUGCUCCCCAAAGAGAAGCAGAUAACCGUGAUGAGGACCAGACAGGGGUGCAAAGUUUUAUUGUUUUUCUAGCACUUUGGUUUUCUUGUUUUAUGUUUUUCCUUUCUUACAUUCGGUGAGAAGUUGUAGUUGUCUCCGCCAAUAUAACGGUGCCGAUCAAAUCUCCGCCUUUUUUGUGUAUCAGGGUGGUUUUUUUGCAAAUAAAAUACCUCAUUUUCCCCUGUUUGUUAAGAAUAGUCGAGAUCUGUCGGGAAGUACGAAAGUCCCCUUGAUGAGUCAGAAUGACAUCGGUUAAUUUCAGUGGGAGAGACUGAUGACAUUUUGUCUGCACCACUGUCCGCUUUUAGAGGGAAAAAUGCAAGAAAAUCAAGAGGAGCGGUCGGUAAAUGCGGCCACUGCGCAGUUAGGGACAGCGCUCGGUCGCGACUUCACCAGCCUGGGGAGCAGCGCAGAGCCCGGCCUCACUGACCUCCAGCCACCUCCUUACUCUAAACUGGAGUUUAGAAGAAAUGCAGUGACAGAUGACUAUAAGAUAACAUCUCAGAUUCUUGGCUUGGGAAUAAAUGGAAAAGUGAUGGAGUGUUACUGCAAGAAAACAGGGGAGAAAUGUGCUCUGAAGAUUCUCUAUGACACUCCUAAAGCCCGACGAGAGGUUGAGCUGCACUGGCGAGUAUCUGGAGGCCCCCACAUUGUACGAAUACUCAGCCUGUAUGAAAACAUAUACCAAGGGAAGAAAUGUCUGCUCAUUGUGAUGGAAUGCAUGGAGGGAGGGGAACUGUUCAGCCGCAUCCAGGCCAGAGGGGACCAGGCCUUCACUGAGAGAGAGGUGUCAGAGAUCAUGCACGAUAUUGGCUCGGCCAUAGAGUACCUCCACCACAUGGACAUUGCUCACAGGGACGUGAAGCCUGAAAAUCUGCUCUACACCACCAAGGAGACCAAUGCUACUCUAAAACUGACAGACUUUGGAUUUGCGAAGGAGACAACACUCCACAACUCCCUCCAGACCCCCUGUUACACCCCAUAUUAUGUUGCACCAGAAGUGCUAGGCCCAGAGAAAUAUGACAAGUCAUGUGACAUGUGGUCUCUGGGGGUAAUCAUGUACAUUUUACUGUGUGGGUUCCCUCCAUUCUACUCAAACACAGGCCAGGCCAUCUCUCCAGGCAUGAAACAGAGGAUCAGGCGAGGCCAGUAUGAGUUUCCUAACCCUGAGUGGGCUGAUGUUUCUGAGGAAGCUAAACAGCUCAUCAUUCAGCUGCUGAAGACAGACCCUGGUGAGAGAAUGACCAUUGGACAGUUCAUGAGCCAUCCUUGGAUUAGUCAGUCAAUGGUGGUUCCCCAGACACCGCUGCACACUUCCCGAGUUUUGACAGAGGACAAGGAGCUGUGGGACGAUGUGAAGGAGGAAAUGACCAGUGCCCUGGCAACCAUACGCGUGGAUUAUGACCAGGUGAAGAUCAAAGACUUGGACAUAUCUAACAACCCUCUGCUGAACAAGAGGCGCAAGAGGCCUGAAGGAGCGGACCGAGCAGAGGAAGCUGACAGGGGGGAUGGAGAGGGGGGAGUGGGCGUAAUACUCACUGAGAAGUCACAUUUUCUAAUCAACAUAGGGAAAUGAUUACUGGACAAAUGUAGCAUCAUAGUCAGAGUGAGCAAUAUUUUUCCUUUCCACAUUUCACAUGUUGUAUUUUAUGUACCUGUUCUUUGUGUCACUUCACUUAAUAGUAAAAAAAAAAAAAAACAUUUAUUUUUAAACUGUUACUACCCUCACCAAUUUAAAUGAAUUUUGGUUGUUUUACAGAUUUGUUGAGUCACUUUGUACACCAAAGCUCAUUUCACACAAAUUUAUCAGAGACGAUCAUUUAGAGAUAAGUACCAGUCGGCACAAUGGAGACACAUUUACACUCUGAAAGGUCAGUGUGUUAACUUGCUGCUUUAUGCUACACAUUUCCUCUCAUUUUUAAUGUCUUCCUUUCUGAAGCACUACCAGGAAGUCGUUAAUGCUGCUCACUGGUUUUAUCUUCAUGAUAAAAACUGUAGGAGAAACAGUGAGAAGAAAAUGAAAAGAAAAUGAGGGUCCCAGUCGGUCAACAAUAUAAAAAUGUACAUAUUCCAGAAGAGUGCAAAUACUUACAGCUACAGUAUGUAAGACUUACCAAAAUCUAGCGGUAAAGAUGUGCAUAGAAAUGACUAAAUGCCAAGCUUAGUUGUGAAUGGACAGUGGCCUUCAGUGGCCAAAAUUCUUCCAGACAUAAACAUGUUUUCAUCUACUCCAAGGGUCCUCACUUCACAUUCAGAGACACUGUAGUAAAAAAGGUGAUUAGAUAUUAAUAGAAACCGUCUUUAAUAAUAUGUUACAUUUUUUCUGUCAUUGACCUUUAAUUUUGUUGAACACUGCACCUUUAAGAAAGGAGCUGAAGAUACAAAACAUAAAGAAUUGAAGUGAUAAGU